AUGGCAGAAUUUUUGUCAAUGUUUGGGGCUCUUGUUUCUUGCUAUAGCCUAGCACCAGCGGAUUAUGAAACAAUCAGGACACAUUAUAAAGUAGCAUCGCCGGACGAUUCUUCUAUAGCGACAUGUGGUGGAUUUCCUGAACCUGUAUAUAAACCUAAAAAUGAUUAUAAUGAAAAAAAAGAUUCUCCACGAAAAGAUAAAAACAAAAAAAAAUCGAAAUAUACCAUUACUCUCAAAUCCCCAGUUGGAAAAUAUCUUCAUAUUAAAGAGACUGAACAAACUGUAAAAACGACUAAACUGACCAAAGGCAAGAAAUUCUGGAAGUCUUUAGUCAAGUCAAAGAACAAUCACACAAAGUUAGAAGAACCAAAACCAAAAUCUCAAUCUAAACUUACUCUUCAAGAUGUAGCUAAUUGUUUAGAACCCCUUAAACAUGUUUCUAUCUUGGUUCCUCUUACUCCCCCUUGUUAA